CCCAUCCCCGCCGACGCAGCCUUGGAGGAGAAGCGAACGGGUCCCGUAGAGACGCCAGUGCAGGUUGGCCCUCUCACGAUGCCAACGCCUGAGGAGGAGGCGGAGUCGACAGAAGAUGAAGAGCUGGCUGGUGUAGACAGCCCAUCCCCGCUGACGGAGCCUCUGGAGGAGAAGCCGACGGCGCCCGUAGAGACGCCAGUGCACGUUGGGCCGUUGGAGGCGCCAAAGGCCGAUGCUGAGGCAUCGGCGGACACAGAUGACGAAGUUGCCCCUGCAGGAGCUCCUUCGAAGCGGCGUCGCCGGAGAAGACGCCAUCGGCACCUGUAA